UUCUCAUCAACUAUCUCUUACGCCCUCCAUUGAGGAAAUCGACAUCCAGCAUCGCUUGACGCCAAGAUCGGCUUUGCGCAGCGCCUAGAAUCACGCGUUUCAGAAGGGUCUCCAAGUCCACCAUUCAACCCGCGCGGUCAGCCAGUGCGUUGCACCGCUUGCUCGUCGUCCAUCUUUUCUGCGACGCCCCUGCGACGGUGACCUCACUUUCUUUCUCCUACCCUAUUCCAACAUGCCACCUCGUCACAUUUCGGAUGCCAUCGAAGAAGAUGACCAGGCUGGCCUCGACAACGACCUGCGUCUUAGGACCGUCCGAACUGCCGCGUCUACCCUAGCCGAGUCGGUACAUGCUGAGGCGAGAAUGGUAAAGAGACGAAAGACGCGGAGACUUGCCUUAAAGAAGUUCUUCAAGAAGCAGACUGAGAAGGGGAAGAUAUCUUUGAGAGAGCGGAAACAAGGUGCAGCAGGCGACGAGGAGGGUGAAAAGGUUAUUUUCACCGGUGAAAGAAGGAGAAUAUACGUCAACGGAGAUCUGCCGUUGAGUGACCUGGACCAUCACGGUGAUCUCACUGCGCGUUAUCCCCGCAACAAAAUUCGGACAUCGAAAUACACCAUCCUCUCAUUCAUUCCUAAGAACUUGUUUGAACAGUUCCGUCGAGUAGCGAACAUCUACUUCCUCGUUCUUGUGGUUUUUCAGGUGUUCCCUAUGUUCGGUUCGGCCACACCGCAGAUUGCGAUGUUGCCUUUAGUCUUCAUCCUCUGCGUGACUGCGAUCAAGGACGGGAUCGAAGACUAUCGUCGAGCGCGACUGGAUGAGGAGGUGAACAACUCGGCGACGACUAAGCUUGGUCAAUGGAGGAACGUCAACCGUGCUAAGGACCCGAGAACAUGGUUCGAGAAGCUGCGCGGAGUGCCUCAUCCCGACAAGAUCACACGUGGUGUGCGAAAGCUACGCGAGCGAGAUCACCAGAGUCUGGCAAAUCUUGUACUCGUCAAGAGCAACGGAAUGGGUAGCGUACGGAGCAGUGACACGUCGUUCAUGGACAAGUCUCCCGUCUCUGUGGAAGACCGCUCGUACGCGGAUGAUGCCACAUGUGUGACAAAGGACCAUUUAUAUCCUCCGACACAAUACAGCGGGAAUGUCUCGACGGCGUCUAUUCCGGUCAAAGGGGACGCCGCCCUGACGCGUACACGCAGCUCUGCCGCAGAGUCAUCCCAUUCAUCCAGAGCUUCGGCCGGAGUUAUGGAUUGGGAGCAUCGCAGUUCCGGGACUGCUCAGUGGGAGCGUACUUUAUGGAAGAAGCUGUAUGUCGGAGACAUCGUCCUUCUCCGAGAGAACGAUCAGGUUCCGGCCGAUAUAAUCGUCCUCAGCACUUCCGACGCAGACGGUCUAUGCUAUGUGGAAACUAAGAACUUGGAUGGAGAGACGAACCUCAAGCCACGGCGUAGUCUCAAGGCUACCAGUACCAUCUCUAGCGAUGAAGACCUCGAGCACGCUACCUUCGUUAUCGAUUCUGAGCCGCCGCAUGCGAAUCUCUAUACCUACAAAGCCGUUCUACGCUAUGCGAGCAAGAACGAGACGGGAUCUGGGCAGGGCGAGAACAAGGUUGAGCCUGUGACCAUCAACGAGUUGCUUCUUCGUGGUUGUACCUUGCGCAAUACAGACUGGGUCAUCGGCCUCGUUGCAUUCACAGGCAGAGAUACCAAGAUCCUUCUGAAUGGCGGCGACACACCUUCCAAACGUAGCAAGAUCGAAAAGGAGACCAACUUCAACGUCAUUAUGAAUUUUGUGAUCCUCAUGAUCAUGUGCUUGGUCACUGGUAUCGUGAACGGAGUCUUUCUGGAUAAAACCGGCACGAGUGCCGACUAUUUUGAGGUUGGCGCCGAAGCAUCUAGCAGCAAUGUGGUUAACGCAAUCGUGACCUUCGUCUCCUGCUUGGUUGCGUUCCAGAACAUCGUGCCUAUUUCGCUGUACAUAUCCAUCGAGAUCGUCAAAACCAUUCAAGCAUACUUCAUUUUCCAAGAUGUUGAUAUGUAUUAUGCCCCCCUGGAUUCGGCUUGUGUGCCCAAGACUUGGAACAUCUCCGAUGAUCUGGGUCAGAUCGAGUACAUUUUCUCUGACAAGACUGGGACCCUCACCCAGAAUGUUAUGGAGUUCCAGCGAUGUUCUAUCAAUGGAGUCCCAUACGGCGAGGGUGUCACAGAAGCUAUGAAAGGCGCGGCCAUUCGCGCCGGCCACCAUCUUCCAACAGACCCAGCCGCGGAGGCUGCAGAGCUGCUGCGCACCAAGGCAACUAUGAUCGACGCCAUGAAAUCUGGAUGGCGAAACCCUUACCUCCAAGAGGACCACCUCACUCUUCUCUCGCCCAAACUCAUCCAACACAUGGGCGAUUCCAGCAAUCCGCAGAGUCAGAAAAUUCUUGACUUCUUCCGUGCUCUGGCACUGUGCCAUACUGUUCUUCCGGACCGGCCUGAGCCACGCGAGCAACCUUACUUGGUGAAUUACAAGGCCGAAUCUCCCGAUGAAGCAGCACUCGUGUCUGCAGCAAGAGACGUUGGCUUCCCCUUCCUCCUUCGAUCGAAUGAUUUGUUAGAAAUCCAGGUGCUGGGUAAUGUGGAAUCAUACCAGCCACUUCGCGUUCUCGAGUUCAACAGUACGAGAAAGCGCAUGAGUGUCAUCGUACGAAAUCCCGAGGGUCAGAUUGUGUUGUACUGCAAGGGUGCUGACAGCGUGAUCUACCAGCGGCUGGCACCCGACCACAACCAGGAACUCAAGGACAGUACGCAUAGGGAUCUUGACACAUUCGCGAACGGUGGUCUCCGUACGCUCUGCGUGGCAUAUCGAUAUCUAUCUGAAGAAGAAUUUGCGAAUUGGCUGCGCGUCAGUGAGGAGGCGGCCGCAUCUGUGGAAGACCGGGAAGACAAGAUUGAUGACGCUAACGAACAGAUUGAACAUUCGCUAACGAUUCUCGGCGCGACUGCCCUGGAGGACAAGCUGCAGGAAGGUGUUCCCGACGCAAUCGAAACAUUGCACAGGGCCGGUAUCAAACUCUGGAUCCUCACCGGCGACAAGCUACAGACUGCUAUUGAAAUCGGUUUCAGCUGUAAUCUCUUGACAAGUAGCAUGGAAGUCAUGAUUAUCUCAGCGGAUUCCGCCAGCGAAGCGAGAAACCAGAUUGAAGGGGGAUUAAACAAGAUCGCAUCUAUCAUUCAUUCCAAAAGAACAGAAAAGAGAUCGUCUGACAGCAGUGGUCCAAGUGGGUUCGCCGUUGUCAUAGACGGUGACACUCUCCGAUUCGCGCUUAGCGAGGAACUCAAGCCUCUUUUCUUGACGCUCGGGACACAGUGCGACACGGUAGUGUGCUGCCGCGUUUCCCCUGCGCAGAAGGCUCUGACUGUCCGACUUGUGAAAGAGGGACGCGGUGCUAUGACACUGGCCAUUGGCGACGGCGCAAAUGAUGUUGCCAUGAUCCAGGAAGCUCAUGUGGGUUGCGGCCUGCUAGGAAAGGAGGGUUCACAGGCGGCAAUGUCUGCAGAUUAUGCAUUUGCUCAAUUCCGCUUCUUGACAAAGCUGCUCCUGGUGCAUGGUCGAUGGUCAUACAUCCGUAUUGCUGAGAUGCACGCGAACUUCUUCUACAAAAACGUAAUUUGGACCGUUGCGAUGUUUUGGUUCCUUUUCUGGAACAGCUUUGAUGCGACCUAUCUGUUCGAGUAUACAUUCAUUCUGUUAGACAAUCUGGCGUUUACUUCCCUUCCCGUCAUCGUUAUGGGCGCCUUCGAUCAAGACGUGAAUGCCAAAGCCGGUAUGGCUUUCCCCGAGCUGUACAAACGUGGUGUGUUGGGUCUGGAGUACACAAGGACCAAAUUCUGGUUCUACAUGUUCGAUGGUCUCUAUCAGUCAGCUGUUGUGUACUUCUUCACCUUCCUUGUUUGGUCGAUGGGUAAUCCGGUCUCUUGGAACGGUCGAGAUGUUGGGGCUCUGGCGGACUUCGGCACAACAGCCGGUGUGGCUGCUCUUAUCACCGCGAACAUUUAUGUUGGCAUCAACACCAAAUACUGGACCGUUAUCACCUGGGUCAUCAUCAUUGGCUCCAUUCUCUUGGUCUUCUUAUGGAUCGCUAUCUAUUCUGCCUUCAUCACUUACACCUUCUAUGAUGAGUCUGCAAUAUUGUUCCCGUUAUUCAACUUUUGGGCAACAGUAGCCUUGGUCGGCGCCAUCGCUUUGGUGCCUCGCUUCCUGGUCAACUACAUUCAGCAAGCGUACUUCCCGUUGGACAAGGAUAUUGUGCGUGAAAUGUGGGUCAGUGGGGACCUCAAGGAGAAACUUGGCAUCCGUCGUCGAAAGGGCGACAGAAGCGACACACCCAUUAACCGAGAUGAGGUUACCUCGGACACAUCCGAUCCCGAAUCAGACGUUCCGCUUUCAGCGCAGCCGUAUAACCCCAGUCCGAAUCCUACCCGUGCCGAAUUCGAUUCUAACGAAAAGGGACUCACAACGCCUGUAAUUCAGGGCGAUUUUCAAACAGGCACUCAUUCUCCUGUGCCACUGUCUUAUUAUUCUCCCUCUGCUAUUCGGAGUGCUGGACCGUCUCCGAACAUACCUUCCUUUCCCGCGUCCGCAGCUGCUUCUAGCAACCCAUUGACUGCACCAUCUGGUGCAGAACCCCGAGAUUCUAUCGAGACGGUACAAGCGCCGUGGCAGCAACACAAUAAACAGAGAAGCGUUGGGAACACUCUCAGUCCACCGCAAGAGUACGAAAUGCGACCUUCGCGACAUCGAGAAGCUUCCGGCCAAUCAGAAUCGUCGCUUCAGUCUAAUUCGACGUAUCUUACAGCGGCCAACGCCCCUGUAACUCCGGAACCGGAUGAUGAUGUGGAAACCAUUCGCGACGACCGCAGAGAAUCGAACUAUUCAUACGCCUCGUCGUAUGCCUCGAAUGCCACGUAUGCUGCCAGAGCGUUGUAAAGGUCUAUGAUACUUCGUCGUUGUGGCUGGUUGAUAUCUGUGCCGUCGCAACCCUGUGAUUUACGCUAGAAGCUGAACUUUUCUUUGGCAUUUGUACCAGUAGUAUACUCAAUUGGACAUGCUCGUGUGCGUA